UCAGUAUCAUUUUAUUCGUACACCGGUACCGAACAGAUUGUCUGUUUAGAAAAGUCCCCAGAUAAAUUCUCAGUUUUUUUUUCACAUUCACAUUCCUAUUUCUUUUUCGUGAAAAAAUUCGAGUGUGGAACCAGACGGACUUGUGUUUUAAAAUCGCCCAAAUUCAAAGUGUUAGCGUGUUUGCGUUCAAAACGGGGGGGAAAAAAAACCCAUUUGAUAACUUGAAACCAGGAGGAAAGCCCGAAGUCCAACCAAGAUGAACAAGCUGCGUCAGUUCCAUUGCUCGUUAAAGGGCGUCGCUGCGCUGUGCAAGUCGCAGGCCCUCUCCAAAAUGGGAGUGCGGUUCUCCUGCGGCGAGGGCAAGGCGUUAACCAGGGGCUUGGUCGUCGGCCUGUAUCAGAAGGAGGGCGACAAGGAUCCCAAGUUGACGGCGGCGGGCCACAAGAUCGACCAGCGGGUGCAGGGUAAGCUGAUGAAGGUGAUCUGCGAGACGAAACUGGACGGUCGGUUGGGUCGCGGCAAGGUCUUCCACAACAUCGACACAGAGUUCGCGGCCAUCGCCGUGGUGGGUGUUGGCCUGGAAGGCAUCGGCUUCAACGAACUGGAAAUGCUCGACGAGGGCAUGGAGUUCGUGCGCGUUGCUGCCGGCGUGGGCGCGAGAUCCCUGCAGAUGCAGGGCAUCACCAAUGUCCUGGUCGAUGGAAUGGACUACGCCGAACAGGCGGCCGAGGGCUCGCAACUGGCCGUGUGGCGUUUCCCGGACAAUCUGUCCAAGAAGAACAUGCCGAUGAUCCCCACUCUGGAGCUGUACGAUUCCCCGGACCACGAGGGCUGGACGCGUGGCAUCUUCAAGGCGGAGGCCCAGAAUCUGGCGAGGCGCUUGAGCGACGCCCCCGCCAACUGCAUGACGCCCACCAUGUUCGCCCAGGCCACCGUGGACGCCCUGUGUCCCUGCGGCAUCACCGUGGAGGUCCGCACCAUGGACUGGAUCGAGGCCCAGCGCCUGAACUCCUUCCUGAUGAUCGCCAAGGGCAGCUGUGAGCCACCGGUGCUCCUGGAGCUGAGCUACUGCGGCACAGCGCCCGACGACAAGCCCAUCCUGUUCGUGGGCAAGGGCAUCACCUUCAACUCGGGGGCGCUGAACCUGCGACCCUGCAAGGACAUGGACGAGUACCGGGGCAGCAUGUCCGCCGCCGCCUGCUGCGUGGCCAUGAUGCGGUGCAUCGCCGCCCUGUCGCUGCCCAUCAAUGUGACCUGCAUCAUUCCGCUGUGCGAGAAUAUGCCGUCCGGCAUGUCGGCGAAGCCCGGCGAUGUGGUGACCCUCUUGAACGGCAAGUCGAUGGCUGUGCGGGAUCUGGACAAGGCCGGUGUGGUGGUGCUAGCAGAUCCCCUGCUCUACGGCCAGAAGACAUACUUGCCCAGGCUGGUGGUGGACAUUGCCACAUUAAACACGGGCGUGAAGAAGGCCUUCGGUGGCGGCGCCACUGGCAUCUGGUCCAAUUCGCACUACAUCUGGAAGCAGUUCCAGCGGGCCGGCUCCAUUUCCGGUGACCGUGUGUGGCGUCUCCCCCUGUGGCAGUACUACAAGCGCCAGGUCACCGACGAGCGCUCCUACGAUCUGAGCAACAACGGCCGAGGAUUGGCCACCUCGUGCCUGGCCGCCGCCAUCCUCCACGAACUCGUGCCCUGCGUGGAUUGGGCGCAUCUGGAUACCCGGGGCACCGGAUUGAUUUCCAAGUACGGUCUGGUUCCCUAUCUGACCGCCAAGCGGAUGACGGGACGACCCACCCGCACCCUCGUGCAGUUCGUCUACCAAAUGGCCUGUCCGGAGAUGAAGUGAGAGGGCUAAGUCCACUGCGGAGUAUAGCCAUAUGUGGCCAUAUGCUGACCGAGUCCAGAUAGGGCGCCCCACCCGUUCUCUCGUUCGGUUCGUUGCAAAAGACCUGUCUGCAUUUCGAUUGAGGAGAAGCCCCAUGCGGAGGUGAUGUUGCCGUGGUAUGCAGUAUUUUCCCAAGUGUUAUAUAUUGUUUUGAUAUUUUCAAGUAAACCAAGGACUUUUGGCGUUAAA